ACACCCAAUAAAAUCGGAAAACAAAAUCUCCCGGAGCUCCCGAGGCAGCUCCGCCGGCGUUGUGGUUCGCCCACCGGUGGCGGAAUCUGAACUCAAGAGUCCGGAGUCCAGUCUUCCCAAGAUCUCGGUCGUUUCACGGAAGCCUCCAGAAACUAGAAGUCCUUCUCCUCGUCUCUUUCGCUCUCGCUCGCAGUUCCCGUCUCCCAUGGCAUCAGAUCUUGAGAAGAGGGCGAAGGAAGCCUUCUUCGAAGACGAGUUCGAGGUCGCCCUUGAUCUCUACUCGCGGGCUCUGGAGUUGGAUCCCAAGAACGCCGAUCUCUACGCCGACCGUGCUCAGGCCAACAUCAAGCUCAAGAACUUCGCCGAGGCUGUUGCUGAUGCAAACAGAGCAAUUGAGUUGGAUCCUUCGCUGUCUAAAGCUUACUUGCGGAAGGGGUUAGUAAAGUUCUCUCGGAGUAUGCUCAUCACUUGUUGUCAACUUUGCUGUGUAUCUUGUUCCUUCAGAACUGCUUGUAUUAAACUCGAAGAGCAUCAGACUGCAAAGGCAGCUCUUGAAGCAGGCUCCUCUUUAGCACCUGGGGAUUCAAGAUUCGUACAACUUAUUAAGGAAUGCAAUGAGCUAAUGGCAGAGGAGACUCACAACCUGCCUGAAAAAGCGAUACAUGAGACUCCACCUAGUGCAGUUACUCCUUCAGAGGAUGUUGGGCCCAAUCAUGAUACAUCCUAUCAGUCCACUGUAGUUGAGCCGAGCAAACCAAAAUAUAGACAUGACUUCUACAAUACUUCUACAGAAUUGGUUCUGACCAUUUUCGCGAAGGGCAUCCUAGCUAAAUGCGUGACUGUUGACUUUGGUGAACAAAUAUUGAGUGUCUCCAUCGAUAUCCCUGGUGAAGAAGCCUACCAUUUUCAACCACGUCUAUUUGGAAAGGUGUUUGAUUCGGGUUGGCAUCGGCCCUCAAGAGAUGGGAUUAUACCUGAAAAAUGCAAAUAUCAAGUCUUGUCUUCAAAAAUUGAAAUCCGUCUUUUUAAAGCUGAAGCCAUCAUAUGGACAUCCUUGGAAUUUAGUAAAGUGAAAGCCCUUCCACAAAAGAUCAAUGCAUCUGCAGCUGUGAAGUCCCAGAGGCCCUCUUACCCCUCUUCAAAAUCCAACAAAGAUUGGGACAAGCUGGAAGCCCAAGUGAAAAAAGAGGAGAAAGAAGAGAAGCUAGAUGGUGACGCAGCGUUGAACAAAAUGUUCCAUGAUAUUUACCGAGAUGCAGAUGAAGACAUGAGACGAGCCAUGACUAAAUCUUUUGUGGAAUCAAAUGGAACGGUGUUGUCAACAAAUUGGAAAGAAGUGGGCUCAAAGAAGGUGGAGGGGAGCCCGCCUGAUGGUAUGGAACUGAAGAAAUGGGAGUACUGACAUCAUUUUCUAUUCCAAUGUUGUGGGCAGUUCAAUUUGUGCAAUCCAAUUUUCUAUUCGAGGACGGAAUGGUUUUUGUUUCUGCAGUUAUUUAUUGGACAUGCUGUAGUCUAUUGUAUCCUUGGGUUUUGUGGUGUAUUGUCUGUUCCUAAGUUGUGACGGUUUGUCUGGAAAGUGGUAAAAUUAUUACUCGUAGCUGGGAAUUUCAAGCCUUUUAGUCACUAAAAUAUUUUCAUCAUGAAGUGGAAUUUCUUUCAAUCUUCUGCAAGGUCUACUGCCAUAAAAGGAGGGCCUGAUGUUA